UUUGGAGAAGAAGGACUGAAGUGCACGAGCUCGGAGCGACGCGUCCAUCAAUGAUUAAUGUCGACUUGUAAACCUAAGUUGAGCAGAAAUCUCCCUGAUAUCCAUUAAGUGUUAUAAAACAGUCUUUUCUCUUCUUCAAAACAAUGAAACACUUCCUGCUCUGCUUUCUCUUGACAGUCGGACUGGUCACUGGGUCCCGCAGCCCCCUGAACGACUUCCAGCGCUCUGAGGGCCGCGAGCUGGUUCCCACCGCCUGGAACUCAGCUCGAGUGCAGACGCUGCUGGGUGUGAACCUGGAGGACUGUGCAACCCGCUGCUCACAGUCUCUGGACUGCAGAGCUUUCAACUUCGAGUCUCGUCCAGUGGUCACCUGUAAACAUCUGCCCUGGGUGGGCGACGGCAACAACGCCGAGGUGAAGCGGAACGUGAACUGUGACCUCUACGAGAAGAAGGUCUAUGUCAGAAAGUGCAUUGUGGGUAAAGGGGAAGACUACCGUGGGAAAGUGUUCACUACGAGGAGUGGGCUCACCUGCCAGCAGUGGUGGUCCAAGUUUCCUCACGAUCACAGGUGGACGCCCUCAGCCACGAAUGGCCUGGAGCUGAACUACUGUCGGAAUCCAGACGGGGAUCGUAUCGGUCCGUGGUGCUACACCACUGACCCCGAGAGACGCUACGAGAGCUGCAACAUUCCCCAGUGCAAAGACGAGGUGUGUAUCACCUGCAACGGCGAGGACUACCGGGGGCAGGUUGACCACACGGUGAAUGGUCGAGAGUGUCAGAGAUGGGACCAGCAGUAUCCUCACCAGCACAUCUACCAGCCAGAGAAGUAUCCCGAUAAGAGUCUGGACGAUAACUACUGCCGUAACCCCGACGCGUCUCCGGUGCCUUGGUGUUACACGACUGACUCCGAAGUGGAGAGAGAAAACUGCGAGAUCAGCAAAUGCACUGAAGUCCGUGUGGAGAAACGACAGCGCUCCAGCUUCACCACCAACUGUUUCCGCGGCCGUGGGGAAGACUACCGCGGCACGGUCAACGAGACCACGUCGGGUAUCCCCUGCCAGCGGUGGGACGCCCAGUUUCCCCACGAACACCCCUUCUACCCAAACACAUACGAGUGCAAGGGCCUGGAGGAGAACUACUGCCGUAACCCGGACGGGUCGGAGGCCCCCUGGUGCUUCACGUCGGUGCCAGAGAUGAGGACGGCUCUCUGUCUGCAGAUCAAACGCUGUGCAGACGACAUCGAAGCUGAGGAUUGCUAUCAAGAAAAUGGAAAAAAUUAUCGAGGCGUUGUCCGGAAAACUCGCAAAGGCAUCACCUGCCAGAAGUGGAACGUUAACACACCUCAUCGGACCAAGAUAAACCACAGGACUCAUCCUGAGGCCAACCUGACCGAGAACUACUGCCGUAACCCCGACGGAGACCAGCACGGACCCUGGUGCUACACCACAGACCCCAAAACCGAGUUUGACUACUGUGCCAUCAAACAGUGUGCUGGGGAGAAAGUGUCCAUGACUGAGCCAGUAGAGAAAGUGGAGUUCAGCGAAUGUGGCAAGAGAGACGACCGCUUCCAGAGGUCGCGGCUGCGCAUUGUGAACGGGAUUCCCGGGAACUCGCCGUGGACCGUCAGCCUCAGGGACAGGAAGGGAAACCACUUCUGCGGAGGAUCUCUGGUUAACCCCCGAUGGGUGAUCAGCACCAAGCAGUGUUUCUCCUCCUGCUACGUGGAUCUGCCCGGGUACUCGGCCAUGAUGGGAACGCUGUUUCGUGAUCCACAAGAAGGAGAUCCCGGAGUUCAAACCAUCCCUCUCACCAAGAUCGUGUGCGGACCCUCCGAGUCUCAGCUGGUUAUGCUGCAGCUGGAAUCCCCUGCCCAGUUUAAUGACCGUGUCUCUCAGAUCUGCCUCCCUCCUGAGCGCUACAUCGUGGCUGAGGGGACGUCCUGCGAGAUCGCAGGAUGGGGCGAGACCAGAGGCACUGGGGACGAGACGGUCCUCAAUGUGGCCCACGUACCGGUUCUGAGUAACAGGGAGUGCAACAAAUACUUCAGAGGCCGCGUACGAGAAAACGAGAUGUGCACCAACUCCUUCCAGGGUGGAGUCGGUGCUUGUGAGAGAGACUACGGCGGCCCGCUGGCGUGUCAGAACAGGGACUGCUGGGUUCUGGAGGGUGUGAUCAUCCCCAUGAGGCGCUGCGGACACCCGGGUCAGCCCAACAUCUUCAUCCGGGUGUCUGCGUAUGUGGACUGGAUCAAGAAGGUCAUGGAGAUGGCUUGAAGGCAAAACACACUGCCAUCAAACAAGAAUGAUUGGAUCUAUUUCCAGAGCAGCAAGGCCACUUACUCAGCCGAACAUACGCAACUUCUCUCCUCAGAUGUCUGCUUUACGUCAAAAGACAACUAAUAGUACAACUUCAAUUGUGUAAUCAGAAUUUAUUAUUGGAGUUGUAUUGCUAUUACAUUAUAAAACCGGCUCAUUCAUAGUGUAUUUUUUUUCCUCAUGUAGCUGCUUUACACACUUCUAAAUUCUUCUAUUCAUGGAAAAACUUGAGUCUGGUUGUCAAAAUCUUGUUUAACAGCAGAUUGCAUGUGUAAUGAUAGUAAGACUUUGAUGAAAGUCGCACAAAGCUGCUUCAUGUUAGGAUCAGAAGCAGUCGUCCUCUGAAAUGUUACUAAUGUGCAGUUCUUUAUAACUAUUCCUUUGACUGCAAGUUUUUAGUAUUAAAACGAUGUUUUUUUUUCUGUUUGCUGUUCAAUAUUAAAUAAUACCCCAAUAAAUGCUUUUAUCUGCCUACAACCACAGGUGAUGACUUUGUGUUGAAAGUUUAAAUACGCUU